AAGGACACCAGCACACAGGCCCACAUACAUCACAAUGAACAUGAACUUGAACAAAUCAACACAUACAAGACACUACAAUAUUAUUGACUGGGAAGCCAGACAGACAAUAUCUCGUCGCACAUACCGUUGAAAUAUUAAAAAGGAAACGGUGUGCGGAUUGUGUAAAGCCACGGUGCGUCAUCGCUGAUAAAGCUAGAUAAUGCAGUCCAUUGAUGCACGUCGUUGUUGGUUGUUGGCAAGCGGCCUCUGUCUUGCCUAUAUGGUUGGCACAGUUCAAGCACAAGCAUGCAGCAAACCCAAACUCGAACCCGAACACCCCAACACGGUAUUGUCACCUGGAGACAUUGGAAAGGAAACAUUUGAAGAUGGAUCCGAGGUCACGAUUCAAUGUCACAUAGGUCAUGUACGUGAGGGAGGGUCUCCGACCAUCACAUGCACUAACGGGCAGUGGAGUACUCUGACAAUGACUUGUAAAAGAAAGAACUGUGGCAGUCCUGGAGAAAUACUGAAUGGGCAGUUUAACAUUGAUAAUGGGACCGAAUUUGGCGACAUAACUGUGGCUAAAUGCAACACAGGAUACAAACUCAUCGGCAGUGCUCGACGGCAAUGUAUGGAUGGGGGGUGGAGUGGCAGAAUACCUACAUGUGAAGUGUCAAAAUGUGGUCCAGCACCUCAAGUUGUGAAUGGUAAACCAUCGUCGAAUGAGGAGUCGUAUGACUAUGAUGCUGUUAUUCGUUACAACUGUAACCCUGGAUUCACACUUAAAGGAAGUAAAAGCAUACUUUGCAAAGGGGAUGAAGUAUUCGAACCAGCUCCGCCUCAAUGUAUAAAGGUGGAGUGUCCUGCACCUGACGUUCAAAAUGCCAUUGUGAUUGAUGGAGCUUCCGCUCCCUACGGAUACAAAUCCUUUCUUACUUAUAGGUGCAAAGCUGGAUUUGUGAUGCAUGGAGCAGACAGUAUAACAUGUGAAAUAGAAAGUGAAUGGAACCCUCCUAUUCCAGAAUGCAGAGGUAAGGUUUCUAUUCAUCUCGUUGUUUUGUCUGGUUGUUGCCUGUUUCCCUUUGAUUCAGGAUUUUCUGUAAAUUGUACAUUUUUGUAAAUAAAUUACUAACAU